GACCGCAGCUCCCGGCAUGCGGCGCGCCCUCGCGGGAGAGACCGCAGCUCCCGGCAUGCAAUGUGGCCUCCCGCCCCGGCCCGGCGGCGGGUGAACGGCGAAGGCUCCGAACCGACAUGGCGGCGCCCGGGGGCGUAGAGGCGGCGGAGCAGCCGCGGCCGAAGCGCUCGCACAAAAAGAAAGCGGAAAAAGUUGAUGAAGCUGAACUUCUCACUGUCCCAGAUGGAUGGAAAGAGCCAGCCUUCACAAGAGAAGAUAAUCCCAGAGGGCUUCUGGAAGAAAGCAGUUUUGCAACAUUAUUCCCAAAAUAUAGAGAGGCAUACUUGAAAGAGUGCUGGCCACUAGUCCAGAAAGCCUUGAGUGAACAUUAUGUCAAUGCAACGCUGGAUCUGAUUGAAGGUAGCAUGACAGUCACUACCACUAAGAAGACUUUUGAUCCAUAUGCAAUCAUCAGGGCUAGAGAUUUAAUAAAACUUCUAGCAAGAAGUGUUCCAUUUGAGCAGGCAGUUCGUAUCCUACAGGAUGAUGUUGCAUGUGAUAUCAUUAAAAUAGGAACUCUAGUGAGAAACAGAGAAAGUUUUAUAAAAAGAAGAGGACGACUUCUUGGUCCAAAAGGAUCUACUCUGAAGGCCCUGGAACUGUUAACAAACUGUUAUAUUAUGGUGCAAGGCAACACUGUUUCAGCCCUGGGACCUUUCAGUGGGCUUAAGGAGGUUAGAAAAGUUGUUUUGGACACAAUGAAGAAUAUACAUCCCAUAUAUAACAUCAAGACUUUGAUGAUCAAAAGGGAAUUAUCGAAAGAUCCUGAACUGAGAUCACAAAGUUGGGAAAGAUUUUUGCCGAAGUUCAAGCGUAAAAACUUGAAAAAACGCAAGGAGCCAAAAAAGAAAAAUAUUAAGAAGGAGUACACACCAUUCCCACCUCCACAGCCAGAAAGUCAGAUUGAUAAGGAAUUGGCAAGUGGUGAAUAUUUCUUGAAAGAAAGUCAGAAGAAACGAAAGCGGGUAGAAGAGAUAAAGGCAAAACAGGCAGAUGCAAUCAAGAAAAGACAAGAAGAAAGAAAUAAAGCUUUUAUCCCACCUAAGGAAAAGCCAGUUGUGAAAGCAAAGAAAGCCUCCACUGAGAAAAAAAUUGAUAUUGAAGCCAUCAAGGAAAAAGUAAAGAAUGCAAAAAAGAAGAAAUUAGGAGCACUUCCAGUGGAAGAAGUCAAACAAAAGAUGGCAGCAGAUGAAAAGAAAAAGAAGAAAAAGAAAUAAUUUACCACGCAAGAUGCUACUCUUUUAUGCUAACAUACAUUUUCAUACUUGGGAGAUUUGAGACUUAAAGUUUUAACAUCUUACAGAUGUCAGUAUAAUGAACACAAGAAAAGAAAAGGUAGACCAUUCUCUUUUCUAAGCAUGCUUAAAUAAUGGCCUAAAGCAGUUGUGCAGAACAGUCAAAGCUCAUGAAGAAAUCCUACUCUGCCAUAUUGUUUGAGGAAGUAAGAGACUUCAUCUUUCUACAAAUUGUCUUUUUAAAGGGAGAGUUCUGUAAUACAACCAUUUUCGUUUAGCACAAACAGUUAAACAUCAGAUUGUGAGAACUCAGUGGGAGUCCAAGAUAGAUUUUUUUUUUUUAUGAAAGACUAUAAGCAGCCUCAGUUGUGGUGAAUAACUUCUACGAAACAGACAAAACUUAUUACUGUAUUAUACUUCUGUUUCUGUGAAAGCUAAGUAUGUUUCUUGUCUUGGUGUUAAUAAACUAUUUUUAAUACA